GUUAUUUCUUCCAUUGAAUUAUCAACUUGUACUCAUUUGGCUGAUCUCUACCACAGGGAAAGGAUAAUUUAUUCAAUUGUUUUCUUGUAAGAAGAUUCUCGUUUGGAUCAACACCAGUUAUUGAGCUAUGGAGAUGCAUAAUCACAUCAAUAGCUCCUUGUUCAUUAAACCUGGUUCUGUGGACAACAAGACAGUGUACGAGAUAUGCAACCACAUUCCAGAGGUCAUCAUUUUCUACAUAGGCAUGCAGAUUUGUAACAUAGUUGUGGGGCUCCCAGCAAACCUCAUGGUCCUGUGGCUGAUCCGCCACAACAAAAGAGACACAUCCACAUCAGACAUCUUCAUCUGGCAUCUGGCUGUGCUGGACACCUUCUUCUGCCUUAUAACUCCACUGGAGAUUGCCAACCUGCUGUACCUGACCACCAGCAGCACCUGGUAUGUGCUGCGUUUUUUUUACGGCGUCAAAGACCUUUCGCCACUCUUCCUCGCCUGCAUCUGCCUGGACCGUUACAUGGCCGUGUGCUAUCCAAUUAUCUUCUCCAAGCUGAAGGACCGGCCCCAUCGUCCUGUUUGUGCCAUUGUUGUGUGGUUCGUCAUUUUGGUGCACGGCAUACUAAAGUGUCUGAACACCAUCCCCAACUUUGAUAAAGUAUUCACGGUCAUGAUCCUGGCCAUAUUUGCAUUCAUGGUUUUCUGCAACAUCUCCAUCCUGUGCGCCCUGCGCCAAUCCGGUCCAGGCAGGGACGACAUGCAUCCGGUCAAGAAAAGAGCUUUUAAGAUGGUGCUCAUUAUUUUAGCUAUCAUAGUCUUUAACUACUUCCCUCCUGUAGCGCUCUUUCCAUUUAAGGCGUAUUUCGCUCCAGAUAAGUUUAAAUGUUAUGUCCAUUACAUAGCUUUUGGCUUCCUGAACAUCAGCAGCAGCAUUCAGCCUGUCUUGUACCUGUCGAAUAAGAAACCACAAUGUCCAGGGUGGUGUAGUGAGUGCUGCAGCACUAAAGAGAAAGAGGCUAUAAUUGCAAAUGAGUUAUCUACGGUGUGCACUACUAAUAAAUAGAUGGUUUCAGGAAGGAAAAAACAAUGACUCUGUACGUCAUCUUCUGUCUACUCCUACAUUUUUCAUAGUAAAAUAAACUAUAAUAAUUCCACUUAGCUCAUAAGCUAAAGUGAUGCAUAGCAGACAGCUAUAGGUUUGACACCUGUAUUACAGCUGUCACUCAAACUGGCCAAGCCCCAAUUUUAUGGCUUAAUAUAAUUUUAACUAAUGAGUUGCUUAGAAAUUUGGCUCUAUAGGGAUUGAGUCAUUUUUAAAGCCAAGUAAGGAACUGCAUGUUCCUUUCCUUUCUGCGUUUGACUCAUU